ACUUCCUGCUCUGCCUCCCUUCCUCAUCAAGGCAGAACUCCAGAGAGAGAGAGAGAGACUGAAAACCUUUACCAAAGAGGAGAAAGAAGGAUACGAAUCGGCCAAGAAGAUGGCUGAGAGUUCGUCAAGAAGCGAAUGGAUCUUGCUUUUUAUGCUUAUCUUUGCUCAUUUCUCUUCUAUAUCACUAGCUGAAGAUGGUCUGGUGGCAAAUGGUGAUUUCGAGACACGACCAUCGAACGGCUUCCCAAGCGAGGCAAUAUUGCAUGGGCCAACCGAGAUUCCUAGCUGGACAACGAACGGCACAGUGGCGCUGGUUUCGUCUGGGGAAAAAGUGGGUGGUGCGAUGCUGCUCAUCGUGCCCCGAGGCAGGUACGCCGUUAAAUUGGGCAACGACGCGGAGAUCAGCCAGGAACUGACGGUGGAGAAAGGAUCCACGUACGCAGUUACUUUCAGUGCGGCCCGCACUUGCGCGCAGCUGGAGUCAUUGAACGUGUCCGUUCCACCUGCAUCACAGACGGUAGACCUCCAGACAUUAUACAGCGUGCUAGCGUGGGACCCCUACUCGAUUUCUUUUGAGGCGGAGGAGGAUAAAGUACGGUUGAUUUUUAGGAAUCCGGGCAUGGAAGAUGACCCAGAAUGUGGGCCCAUCAUUGAUGAUAUUGCCAUAAAAAAACUCGUUAGUCCUGAUAAGCCGAAAGACAAUGCAGUAGUUAAUAGUGGCUUUGAGUUUGGGCCUUGGAUGUUCCAAAAUGUAUCUCUUGGAGUCCUGCUCCCAACCAACCUUGAUGAAGGGACAUCCCCAUUACCAGGAUGGAUGGUCGAAUCAAACAGGGCGGUUCGAUACAUUGACUCCAACCAUUAUGCAGUCCCAGAAGGCAAACGUGCCAUUGAGUUGGUCUCAGGCAAGGAAGGUAUCAUUUCUCAAAUGGUCGAAACCACACCAGACAAGCUAUACAGCUUGACCUUUUCUUUGGGCCAUGCUAGGGACAAAUGCAAGGAACCACUAGCUGUUAUGGCCUUUGCAGGAGAUCAGGCACAAAAUUUUCACUAUACACCUGACUCUAACUCCACCUUCCAAGUUGCUAGCGUCAACUUCACAGCCAAGGCCGAGAGAACACGUAUCGCAUUCUUCAGUGUGUAUUACAAUACAAGAACCGAUGACAUGAGCUCACUAUGUGGUCCGGUGGUGGACGAUGUUCGGGUGUGGUUUUCAGGAUCCAGAAGAAAUGUGGUCCGAGUAUUGUUAGGGUUUGGACUUACUUUUUGGGCUUACCUUCUGGUUUUGGUUUAGGGUUGGGUAACUAAGUAAAGCGUAAAGCUAUGCGCUCAUCAUAUAUGAGGUUUUAAGGCAAAAAAAAAAAAAAAAAAAAAAAAAAGGGCUAAGGCAUGGUAACUGCUGGCAAAGGCAUCAAUAUCCCGUGUUUCUAUUGUAAUUUUAUGUUCUUUCUGAGUUCUGCUUUGAGAAAUGAGAAUGCCUUAUGUUGCAUUUUCAGAUUUUCUUUGUAUUACAGUGAAGUUAACCCAAAGAUUUUCUAGAAUCCAAUACUUUUACGC